AUAUACACACACUGUGACACAAGGAGAGAGAGAGAAGGAGCAACGAUGUCGAAGAGAGGUCGUGGUGGAUCGGCGGGUAACAAGUUCCGGAUGUCGCUGGGUCUUCCGGUGGCUGCGACGGUGAACUGCGCCGACAACACGGGGGCGAAGAAUCUGUAUAUCAUUUCGGUGAAGGGAAUCAAAGGUCGCCUGAAUCGUCUUCCUUCGGCUUGCGUCGGCGACAUGGUGAUGGCCACCGUGAAGAAGGGGAAGCCCGAUCUGAGGAAGAAGGUGUUGCCAGCUGUCAUCGUUCGCCAGCGCAAGCCUUUUCGCAGAAAGGACGGCGUCUAUAUGUACUUCGAAGAUAAUGCUGGUGUUAUUGUGAAUCCCAAGGGGGAAAUGAAAGGUUCUGCCAUCACUGGUCCAAUUGGCAAGGAGUGUGCUGAUCUAUGGCCAAGGAUUGCUAGUGCUGCCAAUGCUAUCGUUUGAGUGGGAAUUUUAGUUAUAUGAGUUCAUGUUUCUUCUUUGUAGGACUUAAGUUUAUCUCAGAUUUUGUUUUAAGCUUUAAAUUGCACUGGAAUUGACAGUUUUACUUUUCCAUAACUUGAUCAGCAGAUGCCUUUUUAAAGAGUUGAGAUUAAUUAUUAGUUAAGAAUUGUUCC